AUGGCGCUGAGUGCGCAAGAGGUUUCGCAUCUGCGAGCUGCCCUCCAAGAUGCCGUAGUCAAGUGUUCCGAGAGGUGCCUGUACCAGUCGGCGAAAUGGGCGGCCGAACUCCUGAACGCACUGCCUGAACCGGCCGACGGCCAGGACGAAGCUGACGGCGCUCAGCGCGCCAGCCCCGUAUUCACUGCGAACCCGGACCCCGAGGAGGCUGGCCUUGAGGCAAAGGAGCUGAGCAAGUACCUCCUGGCCAAGUCCCUCUUCGACUGCAAAGAGUUCGACCGAUGUGCCGCAGUCUUCCUGCCCGACUCGCUCCUGUCGUCCGUGCUGGCCUCGCACUCGGAAGCGACCGCGUCUGCGGCGUCGCAAAGAUCAAAGGGGAAAGCCAAGGCCGCCACGGAGACCAGAUUGUCCGGCGAUGCCGCACCGCUGCCCAAGCUCAGCCAGAAGAGCCUGUUCCUUGCGCUGUACGCCAAGUUUCUGUCUGGGGAGAAGCGCAGGAACGAGGAGUCUGAGAUGGUCAUGGGUCCUCAGGAUCUGGGAACGGUGGCCAACAAGCAGCUGCUUGUGGUGGGCAGAUUUCUGUCUGCUUGGUUCAGGGAGAGGACGACGUCGGACGACGAGGUAUUGGGGAGCCAGGGAUGGUUGGAAUACUUGUAUGGAAUGGUUUUGGCCAAGGAAAAAAACGAUGCGCAAGCGAUGGAAUACUUUGUCAGGAGCGUUCACAAAUACCCCAUGAACUGGGGCUGCUGGCUGGAAAUGACGGGUUUGAUAUCGAGGGUGGAAGAGCUCAACCAGAUAGCCCGUCACUGCCCUCAAAACAUCGUGUCCUUCAUGUUUCACCUUUACACGUCGCUCGAGCUCUACCAGCAAACGCCAAGUCUCGCCAAUUCUCUGGAGCAGCUGCUGUCAAUCUUCCCGACGUCAUCCUUCCUGCUGACGUGCCAUGCCUUGUUGGCGUAUCACGCCAAAGACCUCAUGGCGGCGGAGCAACACUUUAGCCGGCUGCUCGCGCUGCAUCCUCACCGGCUGGAUGCUCUGGACCACUACUCCAACAUCCUUUACGUGCUGAACAUGCGGCCCAAGCUGGCUUUUGUGGCGCAUCUGUGCUCGAGCGUCGACAAGUUCCGCCCAGAGUCGUGCGUCGUGAUUGGCAACUACUACUCGCUGCUUUCCAUGCACGAGAAAGCAGUCCAGUACUUUAGACGAGCCCUGACUCUGGACCGGUCGUGCUUGUCGGCGUGGACGCUCAUGGGACACGAGUACGUGGAGCUGAAAAACACCCAUGCGGCGAUCGAGUCGUACCGCAGAGCAGUCGACGUGAACCGGCGAGACUACCGCGCGUGGUACGGGCUCGGCCAGACGUACGAGAUGCUCGAGAUGCACACGUACUCGCUGUGGUACUACAAGAAGGCGGCAGGGCUCCGGCCGUGGGACGGCAAGAUGUGGAUGGCGGUGGGGUCGUGCCUGCAAAAGAUGGGCCGCGAGCGCGACGGCAUCAAGGCCUUCAAGCGGGCGCUACUCGCAGACGCGUACUACGAGGUCGGCAGCAGCUUCGGCAGCGGCGGCGAUGCUGCAGCCGGUGCCGGAGCCGGUGCCGGUGCUCGCGGGCCCACGGGCCACAUGGACCCGGAAGUGCUGCUGCAAAUAGCAGCCAUGUACGACCAGCUCGGGGAGGAAGAAGAGGCCAAGGCAUACAUGGAGCUGUGCGUUGCCCAGGAGGAUGGUGGUGCGGCGGCGGCUGCUGCUGCUGCUGCUGCUGCUGCCGCGACAUUGGCGGACACCAACCUUGGGGACUCGGUCAUGAUACACAACGACUCGUCCACCGGCUCAGACGACUAUGCCGAGGGGGACGACAGAGCACCCGGGAGUAGUGGCGGCGAGGGCACCGGGGUGACGGCGGCGACGAGCAAAGCGCGCAUGUGGCUCGCCAAGUUUGCCAUGCGCACGGCCGACUACGCGAGCGCAAGCCGGCUGGCCAUGGAGCUGUGCCAGGACGGCGUCGAGGUGGAAGAGGCCAAGGCGCUGGUGCGGGAGAUUCGGUCGCGGACGGAAGCCGCGGGGACGCAUGGCUCGGACGGCUAG